AUGCUUCCUAAUGAUGGUCAGGCAGAGGAGAAUACAAUGCGCUGUCCAAUCUGUCGCGAGACCAUCAUUGUUCCACGAGGUGGUGGAGGUGCAGCCACCUUUCCUCCCGCUUUCAUUGUCAACCAACUGCUGGACUUGAUGGCUAGUCAACGACAUCCAGGACAAGAAUUGCUCUUUUGUGAAAUCUGUGAUGUUAUCUUCUCUCCAGAUUGUCGUGGUGACAACACUAGGUGGUCACAACUUCUUGGCGUGUCUCUAGGCCCGUGUCGUGUAGCAGGAAGUAGUUAUGCCCCCCUUGGUGACCGAGCUAUUGGCACUGGCCUGCUUCGAGGUUCGAUGCCCAUAAGUACACCGUCACCGGAUUGUGCCGGGCGUCUGGCUAUGACAUCCGGCACUUAUCGACGUCAUAUGCACUAA